UCCAGAAUCAGUUCGCCUUCAAGUCCCAACCUUCAAAAAGUUUGCAAGUUGCAGCCUUCGACAAACUUUCCAGCAACCAUGAAGUUCGCCCUGUUUGCUAUCGUUCUGAUAAGCUUCAGCGCUUUGGCGUUGACUCAAAGUCGCCAAAACACCAUCAGGUGGGGCAACAAGAAACAGUCGGACGUUCUAAUCGGUCAUUACGUUGCCAUCAAAAAGGCCAAAAGCUCUUGGUUCUCGAGCAAAGCGGUCAACCAGACGCUGCAAUAUCCGGCGAUGGGCCAACUCGGGCGCAACAUUUCCGCCAUCUACUUCUACGAGGCGCCCAAGGGCCGGGCCAAUCCCAAACUGUUGAGCGGCGGUAUUGGCCGCAACUACACCACGAUCCUGCUGACGUCCCUGAAAGGUCAAGGGCUGAACGUCACGGUUGAGCUGUACGGACCGCAGCAGCGGUGGAGCCAGGGUUGAUAACUAUGUCAAAUCAGUGUUAUUUAUGAAUAAAAAAAUGCAAAACGCAUCAGCUAGUUUCAAAUUGGA